AACGAAGUCAGUUGCUUCGCUCUACCGUUCAAGUGCCGCCGCCGCCGCCGUCGACGACGAUGCUGCAAACCUUCAGGGCAGUUGCCGCAUUCCGAUGGAAGGGCCAAAUGAUCGGGUACUGGUUGAUCUACCUCUCACAAGGAGCGUUCCUCGGCGCCCUAGGCCCUGCGCUACAAGAAAUGUCGUACCAAGGAAAUGCCGUGUCGAGCUACAAUCCAGCGUUUGCGUGGCAUGCGCUGGGGUCAAUUCUGUCGGUUGGUUUCUUGGCAGAAGUGUUGGUCCAAGCCUGUUUGAGUUCCAUCCUUGGCCGGACAGGUCUCCACAUCAUGCUGGGCACGAUGUCCAUCUUACUCACUGCGUGGUACGUGUGUCUGCCGUGGGUCAACCAAUGGGGCGGGUCGGAGUGGGCGUCGUGCUUCUUCUUCGUCAAGGGCGUCAUCGUCGCCAUCGUGAACGUCACCAUCAACAAAUGCGCCGCGUGGACCACCGCCGGCAACGAAGCGACCACGCGCCGCGUCGUCAACUCGUUGAACGGGGCGUUCGCCGUCGGUACUGUGCUGGGUCCAAUUCUUGGAAUCAUCCAGCGCCAAGCCAAGCUCGAGCUCGAGUACCUCUUCAUCAUGGUCGGGUCGCUCACGCUCUUGGCCGCCUUCUUCAUCUACUUGACCGAUUGUCCGUAUCCGUCGGGCGAAGAAUCGGCUUCCCUUCUUGGAUUUGAAGAAGAUUUGCGCAGUGUGCCGCCCGUGCUGCCGAGUCCGAUCUCGGGCAGUGUCUUUUUGCAUGUCAAGCACGACUUGGGCGCAGCCAACCUCAACCCAGACUCGUACGACCCCGAAGCCAACUUUAUCGUGCUGCUCGUGAUGAUCAUUGCGACCUUGUUCUACGGCAUCCAGAUGGGUCUCGCGGCCUUCUUGUUUCAGUACUUGGAGUUUGUCAUGGCGCUCGGGUACGGCGCCAACCUGCACUCGAUCUGCUGCAGCAUUAUGUGUGUAUUUUGGCUGGCGCUGGCACUGUCGUACUCGCUGUUCACGUCGUGCCUGUUUGAGCACAUGAAGAGUCUCGGGUGGCUCUUCUUCCUCAACGUGCUGUGCGUGGUCACGAUGGCGGGGGUGAUUUUCGGCCAGAACCUCUUUGGCCCCAACUACGUUGUCGCAGCUCUCACAUUCCACCUCGUGCUCUUUGCCGUGUUCAUCUCACCGCUGUUCACGGCUACCAUCCAGGGCCUGACCAAUGUUGUCAACCCAGACCUCCUCGCCCGCGUGUCGUCGCUGCUUGUGUUUGGCUGCUUUUGCGGCGAAGCCUUCAUCCCGGUGCUCAUGGGGUUCUUCAUGGGCGACUACUCGGGCUCGGGGUUUGGCGCUGGCACCAUUGUGUACAUCACGUUUGCACUCACCAUCACCAUGAUGACAACCACGGGGUGGUUCUGGUACUCGGUCGUGACCAAACAGCAAGUCGUCGAUGGCGUCGGCGCCGCCGCCCCGUCGCCUGCCAAGCCGCUCAAGUAGCCACGUGUUGACUGGGAAGAAAAUUAAUAUGUUUUACCGAUUUUUCACAGCGGUCUGUCUCUACAAUUAAACAUAUUGUCGCAAUUUCAUUGUCAAUUGUUGAAAUAAUUAUUAAUAUUGUCGAUUUAAAUUUGCC